GUCCAGUCGUCGUGAAUCAUUGACAUUGGCCUCCUUUCCUUCUCCUUUCUUCUGGCACUGCCUUGGCCUACCGGACAUUUACCUAGAGGCUAGGACACAGCAUGUAACUAGGCCGCAUUGCAAGCAGAGAAGGGCUCACCAUGGCUCUCGCCAUCCGUUUUGGGCCGCAAGCUUCUCCUGCGGGCUUUGUGCGGGCGCCAACUCACAAUGCAUCAGCUUGGUCGCCAGGUCAGCAAGUGCAAAGCGGCUAUUGCGUAUUGUCUAGGCGUACGUUUGUCAGCAAGUCAUUGGAGCAGAAACACCGUCUGCUGUCGCCAGCAUUCUCAGAUGCCGCGAGCAGGGUGACCAUGGCAGGUAAAGACAAGAUGGACGAUGCCAAGAAGGCCCUGGAACAGGCCCUGGGGGGCAAGAAGGACAUCUUUGCUGACAUCGACGAGCGUGUCGGCGGCAAACGGGAAGCCUUCGGGCGGGAGCCCCGACGGGAGCCGAGAAUUAAGGGGUGGCUUGGACGCGUUGGAAAGUUUGGAAAGGGCGGCUGGGGGGGUUCUGGGAGGGGUGGGGAUGGGGGCCUCCCAGGGGGGGGUGGAGGUGGGGGCGGGGGUGGGGGCGAUGAAGGUGGGGCAGCGGCAGGGUUCGGACAAGUCGGGCUGGCAUUGAGCUUCAUGAUUGGAUUUUUCCUGUUCACCCGCUUCUGGAAGCCCGCCCUGGCCUUCAUCACCAACGUCAUCUUCAUCAUCUUCUCCUUCGGGCGCUACCGCCCCGGUCAAAAACAGCGCCUGGCCCGCGAGCGCGCGCGGGCCGCUCUAGUUGCCACGGGACCGAUCACCCUCGACCUCGACGACGAAGCGCCCCCCCAGAAGGAAGAGAUCAUUGACAUUGCUCUGCCCCCGGAAAUAGAGCUGGACUUGGACGCUGAAAGCACAAGCGGGCGGACGGAGUCGAGCGCCGUCCGUGCGAAAGCGCCUCGUGUGAAUGCGGCCACCAGUGUGAACGCGCCCGAGCCUAGUGGGGAGGCAGCUGCGCCGGAGGGUGUGAAGAAGGCCAAGGGGGCGCUUGCGAGAGGCGCCGACGCUGCCAGGGGGGGAGCGGAAGCUGUGAGGGAAGCCGGGGAGAAGGUGGAAUCGGCAGCGAAGUCUGCGGCGGGGGGGGUGAAGAGGCGAGUGAGAAGGACGGCCGAAGGGGCGGCGGAGGGGGCCAAGGAAGCGGCAGGAGCCGUGAAACGGACGGCGCAAGCGGGAAGGGAAAAAGUCACAGGAACAAGGUCUGGUUAAAAAGUUUUGGUUGUUGGUCAUUACGAGAUGUUGCGGAUCACGUUUCGCAACAUAGUUGAUCAGGGGGUUUGAUGUCUGGACCGGCUUGAUCGGAGGCAGGUGGAGAGUGUAGCUCGAAGGGUGGAGCACAGGAGGGCAAGGCCACCAGUGUGCUUCUGCCAUGUCGACUGCUUUUGGUGACUGAUGCGCACUUUCUCGAGGAGUUGCCAAGUUGCGGAGUUUAUAAGACGACAAGUCCAUGGAAUCACCCAUUGGAUUUUUUAGCUCACCUUGGGACUAACUUGCUUGGGCGAACGCAACGCAUUUUUGACAAUGAACGAUGAUGCGGCCUUUCAACGUAAGUACCGCUUUGUAAAAUCAAUCCGGAGAGUACCGUCCUCUACGACCUCCAACUUAGCGUCCAUACCCUUAUUCGGAU